AUGCAGCUCCCUGGGCCUUCGAUACCUUCACAACGCCAAGGCCAGAUGGCAGCUGGCAUAGGCCUCAUUGUCUUGGCCUUCUUCACUGUCUUUGCUAUGACCCAGGCAGUACGGCCAACCCUGGUCAAGCCCAAUUUCGCCAAGAGGGUCACAAAAAUUGAAGCCAGACAGAUUCAAGGGGCCUCUUGGGGACUUCCAUGGAACUUCUUUGGCGGCGGUCAAUCUGGCCCUUCUGCGAAUGCUGCCCAACCCGUCAUCACCACGCUUCUCCCUGCGGCUACCCCGGUCACUCACAAUAGCCAACAACAGCAAGGCCCUCUCGGCGGCGUUAUUGGCCAAGUUGGUCAAAUUGGUCAAGUCAUUCCCAGUAUACUCGCUCCUUUGACUUCGGCCCUUGCGGCCGUGGGAACUCCGGUUGCGUCCGUACUCGACCCUGGAAAUAUCGUGCCGGUCGUCACCAACGUUGUACCCGUGCCGGUCGAGUCGUCACCCCAACCUGGCGGCGGUCCCGUUCUUCCAACUGUCACCCCAAACGUCGGAGGAUCCCACUCACCAGCCAGUGGCGGACUCCUGCCUUCGGUGCAGAGUGUCCUCAACAGCAUCAUCGGUGUUGGCGGCUCCGUUCUGCCUCUGCCUGCCGCAUCUGGACUAUCCAUGCCUCUUCCGACACAAGUUGCUGGCGGAGUUCCCGUCUCUGAAAUCACUGCGGCUUUGGGCAAUGGUGCCUCUGUCAUCACCAAUAUCCCACCGGAGCUAGUCAGCGUUGUCUCCUCCAUCGUCAACCAUAUUCCCUCAGUCGUCAACAACAUCCCCUCUGCAAUUGCCGUAUCCACCAUUGUCAGUGCCAUCACAGCGAGCCCAGACAUAUCGUCUCUAUUCCCUGCCGACGUGCCUAUCUCACUCAGCAAUGCAAUCAUUUCAAGCCUCGACGAUGUUCUGCGGUCCGUUUCAGUCAUUUUGCCGCUUCCAACAACAGCCCCUCAGCUCCCCGACGACUUGUCCACCGUCUUGCCAAGUCUUCCCGACGCCCUUACCAGUCUUUUCGGUGGCCUCAUUCCCUUGACCUCUCCCUCAGGUGGCCCUUCUGGUAAAACAGAGAAUGAUCUUUGCACUUUCGUCAAAUUUGAGAGCGGAAUUCCCACUUUCCUUGCCGUCCCUUGCUCUGCGAAGGCUUCCCUUGCAGCUACUCAGACGCCAUCCUCGUCCGGCAUCCCGGUUUCUAACUCUGGAGCCACCUCGGCUUCUUCGCCACUCAGCUCUCAAGGACCUCCAAUCUCGGCGGGCGCGUCGCCGUCAGCUCUUCAGUCAGCGGUAUCCAACACGGCCAACCAUCCUGUGUCUUCUCAAGUUGACACUUCUGCCUCCGCAACAAACCCAACUGCUGGAGCUCCACAGCCGCCUUCAACUGCCGCACCUUCUACUGGCGAUGCGAACACGAAUCCUCCUGCCAACACACCUUCGACGCAACCUAGAGCCGGAAGGUCUGGCAACAAUGACCAACCGCACAAUACUGCUCCAGCAGGCCAAUCUCAGGCACCUAUGCAACCUUCAAACCCUACGACUAACCCCACACCGGUCAAUCUUCCAUCUGCUGCUGCUACUCAAAGGCCCGGUCAGGCAAAUAGUGGUGCAGCAAGUCUAACGUCAGCAUCAGCUCCCGCAAUCAGCCCUCUGACAACGUUGACAAUUGCUGCUGGAACGCCUGCCUCCAAGCCAAGCGAUGCGCCGGCGAAUGGUAACGGCCAGACCCCCUCUCCGACCUCUAAAACCGGCGGUUCGAUCUUCGGAGUUGGUGACGGACAAGACCCUUCCUAUGAGAACAACAUCCCACCAGGCACACCAGUCAUCCCCAUUUCCGAUUGUCCAGCCGUUGUUCAGUGCCCUGCAUGCCCGGCAUCCCCUGCAAACACACCUUCCGGCUCAUGUCCAUGCCCUGGUCGAGGCUACUCUUGCUCGGAGUGUCUCAACGGAUGGUUCUGUCCCCCACAGGAAACACCAAUGCAGCCUGCGCCUUGCGGCAUGGGAUGGCCUUGCUACCACUGCAAAGGAGGUUGGUACUGUGCUCCUGACAGCAACAGUAUGGCACCUGCGAGUGCAAACGAUCCGCCAGUUGUUGUAGUCACAACGGUGACAGCUUUCAUCGUCCCCCAGCCCACUGGAGUUGGCAAUGGCGGUACUGAAGGUGAUGGCAACAACAAUGGCUCUGGAAAUAGUUCUGGCGACGGCAGCGACGGCAAUGGGACGCCUGGCAAUGACAAUUCUGGUAAUGGAGGCUCUUCCGCUGCAUCUACCCCUUGCACGACAGCGAAUAAUGGUCAGUAUACUGGUGCUCCUGGCAAUGGCAAUGGUGCUGGUUCGACUCCUAAACCCAGCUCAGACGACUCUGGCAAUGGGAAUGGCAACAACAAUCCUGGUAACGGUGAUGGAGGCAACGGAGCCACCCUAGGAGCCGGCAAUUCUGGAACCACCGCGUCUACACCUUGCACAACUACCGGCGGCCAGCCCACAAAUCCACCUGGGCCUGACGGCAGCUCUGGAAACGGUUCUGGUAACGGCGGUCCUGCCAAUGGUUCUGAACCACCCGCUGCAUCUCCUCUGCCCCCGUCCUCUAAUCCCACAGUCAGCCCAGGAUACCCUCCCAGCCCUGUCUCACCAGCGGGUAAUGGCAAUCCAGACGAUGGUUCCGGAAAUGGGCAAGGCAGCCCCGGUGCCGGCAACCUCUCAACUGGCUACGGCAAUUCUCCAACAGAUCCUCCCAACGGCAACACUAAUAACGGACCUGGACCGAGCAAUGGCCAAGGUUCAGGUGCACCAAGCGGCAACGGAGUACCCGCCAAUACUGUAACAUCGACUCCCACACCCAGCAGCAACGCAGGUGCAGGUGCAGGUUCUGACAGCGGAUCUCCGAGCAACACGGGACCCAAAGCCGCUUCUGAAGUCUCUGGCUGGGAGUAUCUUGGAUGUUUCAAGGAUUCUGCCGUUCGAACUCUCGACUGCGAUCCGUCCAACUACUUUGCGGGCAGCAUGUCGAAUGAGAAGUGCAUUGCACACUGUGCCUCCAUGGGUUUCAAGCUUGCCGGUACGGAGUACGGCAAGGAGUGCUGGUGUGGCAAUGCAUUCCAACUGGCUGUACGGAUACCGGAGGAGCAGUGCAACGAAGUAUGCGAUGGGCAGUCUACCGACAUCUGCGGAGGUAACUGGGCUGUCACUGUUUACAGUGCCACCGGCCAGGCUUUGAGCGUGCCAUCCGAUGACGAUGUCGCCAAUGGUGCCGGCGCCGGCAAUAACAACGGCAGCGGCAACGGCGGAGCUGGCGCCGGAACCAAUGGCGGUUCUGAAGCGUCACCAUCUCCUCAAAACCCCGCGCCGCCCGGGCCUCCUGUAGAAACCCCGGCAUCCACCCCUCAGACGCCAGGUCAAGGUCAGCCCUCUCCCGCUCCUAUAGGAAAUCCCCAAGCCAGCAUCACUCCUACGGCAUCUCCCAAUUCUGCGACGCAGCCUCAGGUCGACAUUGCGUCUCUCAUUCAGAGCAUCAUCAACUCGCUACCCAAGGGCAGCCCUGAUGGCGGGUACGGCAGCGGUCUGGGAGCAAGGGACUCUGGGGCGUCUGGCAACAAAGGACCUGCAACUCCAGGUAACACUGGUGUUCCUAAUGAUAGUGCGGGAGGUGCGCCGGCGAUGGGCCCGGGUCCUAUCAACCCUGCGGGUGGACUCAACCCAUAUGGUGUCGAGAAGAGGGAGGCGGCACGGCGGAACAUGAAGCGCAGCAGCAUCGUAAGGCGGCGAGCGGCCGCGAAGCUUGACGGUAUUAUCUGCGACGGAGCAAAUGAGUAUGAUGGCGAUUGCUUGGCGAAGUUGCAGGUUUAG